AGGACAAAGGGAAGAUCUCUUUUCUACUCCAAGGGGCUUGACACUCCUUACCAACACCAAAGAUGGCUCUGCGUCGGGUCGGUGCUGCAGGGAAAGGUAAGAUUUAGAAUUUUUUUUGUCAUGCGACGCAUAAGAUUCUAAAUCCAGCUCCAUCAUAGUUGCCCGUACUUACUAAAUACGUGUCAAAUUAUUAGACUUUCAAAUCAGGUAAGCAGAAAGAGCUCACGGAGGAGCAGAAGCAGGAGAUCAAGGAAGCCUUCGACCUCUUCGAUACCGAUGGCUCGGUAUUUGGAAUGUUUACUAUUCCUUGCUACUUCGAGAUAGCACGCCAGGGAGAUGAAUACUUAGUGAUGAUGCCCAAAAAGUACCGACCUUUUGCUUUUUUGGACUUUUCAUGUAAUAAUAAUUUCAAUUCGAAUUCAAACCACCUGAAAAACCCCAGGGUUCCAUCGACGCUAAGGAGUUGAAGGUGGCCAUGCGCGCCCUGGGCUUCGAGCCGAAGAAGGAGGAGAUCCAAAAGAUGAUCGCGGACGUCGACGACGAUGGUAGCGGGAGCAUCGAGUUCGAGGAAUUUUUGAAUAUCAAAGGCAAAUCUGUUUGGGUCUGGAAGGAAUCGUGAUGCUAGUUUGUGAUGAAUGCUGGGCGGCGUACUGCAAUACGCAGACACGCACGAGGACAAUUUUCGGGGCUCUUCUGCGCUUCGCUUUUCACAUGACGUUGCAUGACAGGCAAGACGCUUUGAUUCUAUACCUACUGCUGAUUUAUUACAGAUGCAACUGUCUCAUGCGAGACCAGCAUAGACAAACUUGCAAUCUUCCAGACCCAACGAUAUUUGCAUUGGAUAUUGAAGAUGAUGACGCAAAAGAUCCUCAAUCGGGACCCCAAGGACGAGAUUCUCAAGGCCUUCCGCCUCUUCGAUGACGACGAAACGGGUAUGCGUUUUAGGAGGUUGUUACUGGAAAAAAAUUUAAUUUCACAACUCUAUCCUGUUUGGUGAUGUUUUUUUUUUCGAUUUCCUCUGAAAGAAAAAUUUUUUAAGUCCGAUUUAAAUCGCGUGUUGUGAUGAAAGCGAACUUGAUGUUUGCAAACCACUCGUAGGUAAAAUUUCGUUUAAGAACCUGAAGCGCGUGGCCAAGGAGCUCGGUGAGCGAAUGACGGACGAGGAGCUCCAGGAGAUGAUCGACGAGGCAGACAGGGACGGUGACGGCGUAUGAGAGUGCACAAGCCCACCCUCUCCCCCUCAUUGGCGUGGUAUACUGAACAGCAAUACAAGGACCAGCACACUUGAAGCCUGCGCAUGAGAAGUGCACGCGUAACAUGUAGUACUGUUUGCGAUUCCGGAAUUUUUCAUGCAAACACUGCAACAAGACAGCAACUGGAUUCGGGAUUUAGCAUGAGAAUCUCAGGGGAGGGGGACUUGUGCACUCUCAUACGGCGAGGUCAACGAGGAGGAGUUCUUGCGCAUCAUGAAAAAGACCAACCUGUUCUAAGAAUUUGUCAAGCAUAAUCCGAUUUAGAACAGUUGCUUUUUCAAAAUCCGAAGCGAACUACACCUGUAAGUACUUCCGUAGUUAGUUCGUUCUUGUCCGCUGGCCCCUUUGCGCUACUGUUUCUAGCUUGAUACUCCUUUACAAAGCAAUUAUUUCGUCGAGGUUUUAUUUACGAUUAAUAUCCUGACUCCUCAUAGUACAGACUCAGGGCGAAGAUAAAGUACAGCUUGUUCUCUGCAAACCCGAGAAUAUGCUUUACGGAUACUUAUCGAUAUUCUGAGAUUCAUCCUCUUUGCUAUUGUUGAUUACCUUUCAGUGUUAUCGUGGUCGAGCCGGAUUCUUCGAACCGGAAAUUGGUCCUACUGCACCAGUUAGCAGUUUCGUAGUGUGGGUGCUGCAGCAGGGCCACCGAUUAAAAGAAGAUUUUAAUUUUAUUGCAUUUUUUAUUACAGUAUUGUAGCGAUGAACGAUAGUCAUGAAUGGAGUAAAUUGAGUGGAGGUCGUCUCUGGUAGGCUGUGGUGUUGGAGAAAGAGAGAUGGAACAACGCGAUCGUGAAUACGAGAAGAGGACGAGUCACGGGCCGCACAAAACCUGCUACGGUACGCCACCGACCUGAAAACACGUGGAGGCAGCUUUGGGACGCACCACCAGCAGCACUCCUCCAGAACUAGCGUCCGGUAACAUUCCUGACUGCCGCACCACAAGAACCCUCGACCCGCCGACGCGGGGCUGUGAAAGGACAGGGUCGCAAGUGCACGACUUCAACAAACUACAGUACGUGGUCGUGAGAUCAUAUCUGAGGGGUUUCGUACAACGUCACAAAAGUUUAUUCGGUUGGCAAAAAAAGCGAUGUGGUAUUGAGUAGGCGUUUAUUUGUUCAACAUACUUGAUCUGUCCGAACAAACUCCCUGUACCAAAAAUGAACUCGUCCCCAUGUUGAUUAACUUCGAUCGCACUUUCAACGGCUCCGUCUUUGUGGCAAGUUUCAUCCUCACACACCACGAGUUCCAAAUGACGGUCCGUUAAGAAGAGGGUGUUGAGCAGGUUCGAGCGUAACGUUUGAAAUUGUUGCCGGAGCGUGG